GGAAGCCGUGUGUUGAGUGGCUCAGGCCGGGAUCAGAGGGGCCGGAGCGGCGGGGAACCCAGCAGAGGCAGCCGCUGGGUUUGAACUGAGUGCAACUUGCACAGGACAGAUUGCUGAGUGCGUGGACUAAAAGGCAGUUCAGUAAAUUCGAGGGGUGGUGUUUUAAACAGGUUACAAUGUAUCCGAACGCGGGCCGUUCCAGGGCGCUGUAUCUGCUACUGUUCUAUGUCACGGGCGGCUGCUCCAAGCCCACGCUGAGGAACGAGCGGGUCCAACAGGACUCUGUCCUGAGCGACAAACUGCACCAGGACGUGGCCAACUUCGAAUACGAUCACGAGGCCUUUCUGGGCAAGGAAGACGCCAAGACCUUCGACCAACUCAGCCCGGAGGAGAGCAUCGAGAGGCUGGGGAAAAUUGUAGAACGGAUCGAUGAAAACAACGACAAUUUCGUGACAUUGGAAGAGCUGAAGGCAUGGAUUAUAAGGGUGCAGAAACGUUAUAUUUAUGAAAAUGUAGCUAAAGUUUGGAAGGACUAUGACCUUAACAAAGACAACAACAUUUCCUGGGAAGAAUUCAAGAAAGCAACGUAUGGCUAUUACCUUGAGAAUCCAGAGGAGUUUCAGGACACCGUUGACCAGUUCAGCUUAAAGAAGAUGUUGCCUCGCGAUGAGCGGCGAUUCAAGGCCGCGGAUAUGAAUGGAGAUAUGGUGGCGACCAGGGAGGAGUUCACUGCCUUCCUUCAUCCAGAGGAGUUUGAUCACAUGAAAGACAUUGUUAUUUUUGAAACACUUGAAGACAUUGACAAGAAUUCAGAUGGCUAUGUUGAUGAGGAUGAAUACAUUGCUGAUAUGUACACAAAGGAGGACGGUGCGAUCGAACCGGAAUGGGUCAAGACCGAGCGGGAACAGUUUACGGAUUUCCGUGACUUGAAUAAAGACGGGAAGAUGGACAAGAAUGAAAUCCGGCACUGGAUCCUCCCAGAAGAUUAUGACCAUGCCCAGGCUGAGGCCAGGCAUCUCGUCUAUGAAUCAGACAAAAAUAAGGAUAAGCGAUUAUCAAAGCAUGAAAUCCUGGACAAAUGGAGUAUGUUUGUUGGUAGCCAAGCCACCAAUUAUGGAGAAGAUUUGACUCGAAACCACAUUGAGUUGUGAGAAGACAGCAGAAGAACCUGCUUGGGUGACGAGAUGAUUCUCCUUCCACUCACAAGUUUGGACACGUCUCUGUUGAAGAUGAAGAAACGGAUUAACGGGCUGCAAGUUCCUACCGUGUGUCACGUGACUGCAGCUGUUCGACCAGCUAAUAUAGUCGACUCUUUACCUCAAUAACUCAUGGGCUGCCUUUGCCCAAAUAUUUGUUUGCACCCAUACCGAUCAAUGUAAAAAAGACUUCUCUGCAGUAGGGUUGUACAGUUAAGAAUUUUGGAAACCAUUGGA